AUGGCAGCUUCAGCCAAGAUUCCACUUGUUGAUCUGGCGCCAUACUUUGCCGAAGACGCCACCCCUGAAGCCAAAGAGCAAGUCGUCAAAGAAGUCUGCGACGCCGCCAGAACCUAUGGAUUCUUCAGCAUCGUUGGCCAUGGCAUCCCCCUCAAAGACCAAGACACUACCCUAGAAUGUGCCAAGAAAUUCUUUGAUCUAUCUGCCGAAGAGAAGAAGGCGGUUUUCAUUGAGAAUUGUCUGGGAAUCUCAAACCGUGGCUAUGAAAUGUAUAGAGGCCAGACUUCAGAGCCAGGCACUCUGCCUGACAUGAAAGAGGGAUUCGUUAUCGGUGCAGAGAUACCAAAGGACCAUCCCGAUGCUGGCACUUUCUUGACUGGUCCAAAUCAGUGGCCCGAGGCUCUGAAAUCCGAGGAUUUCGAGAAGCCUCUUAUGGAGUACCGCAACAAGAUGGUCAAGCUUGCCGAAAAGGUUCUUAGAAUCCUCGCUUUGGGUCUCCCCAAAGAAUGGAACUGCUCACCUGAUGCUUUCGAUGAGUUCUUCAUCAACCCAUCGGGAAAUCUGAGGCUGCUGCACUACCCGCCUCAGCUCUCCACCGAUCCUAAACAGCUUGGAGCCGGUGCUCACACAGACUUCGGUGGAAUCACCUUCUUGCUUCAACAACCUGGUUCAAAAGGUCUUGAGGUCUUCUACCCCCCUACUGAAAGCUGGGUCCCAGUUCCAGUCACUCCAGAUUCUUAUGUGGUUAACAUUGGCGAUCUGGUCCAGAAGUGGACAGCUGGUUACUACCGCAGCGCUUUACACCGUGUUAUCAACUUUGGCGAAAACCACCGUUAUUCCGCUCCGUUUUUCUUGAACGGCAACAUGAAAUUGAAGAUUCAACCUCUCAACGGGUCUGGACAGGAAUUCGGCGUUCGGGACCAUUUCAUGUGGAGGUUGAAGACUUCUCUUGGUAAAGAGAAGAGUAAAUUCCUGGAAAAGGAACCAACGGCGCAAGCAGUUGCAGCAUAA